AUGGCAUUUAGACGGAAGCCUCAGUCUUCCACUUCGACGAACAAGGAGCCAUGCCCGUACUGUAAUGAGUUGGUUACCAGUGGCGGUGCAAUGACCACUCAUAAACGUAGCUGCUUGGAACAGCAGCGGCAGGCGAACGAAUUGCUAGCCUAUCGGGUUCGAUACGAACUUCAAAGUAGUACCGGGCCAACGCCUCCACGAGCACAACAAGCUCAGUUACCUACGUUUAGGUCGCCCGACAUAAUCGAGGAUCCAGGGUACUAUACUCCUUCUUACCCUCCUUACCCUCCUUCCCCUUUCUCAGAACCUCCUGACGAUGCACCUGUAGCAGAACCUCCCAAUCAACAAACAGACCUAGACGAUAUAAUGACCCAGUUCCAUCCAGCAAGCCGCCGGCCCAAAGAACAGAAAAGAUUUGAACAGUACGGCAUCACGAUAGAUGUCGACCCAACUCCCCUUUUAUCAAUACCGUGGCGGCCGUUUCCCACACGGUUCGAUUUUGAAGUCACUGAUCUUGCUCUGCAGUGCAGCAUGAAUGCAGCACAGACCAAAACUUUUUUACAAUUACUCCAACAGGCUCGGGAUGGUUCCGAAGUCCAUAUGAAAAACUAUGACCAGGUACAGGCAAUGUGGAAUGCAGCGGCAGAUCGGACUACAAGGUUCCAGAACGAUGUAAUCGAAGUUCCGUUCAAGGGGAAUAUUAGAACGUACAAUGUCCUGCAUCGUCCCCUCUGGAAUUGGAUUGUCGAGGUUGUCUCAGAUCCGCAGUUGGUGCCCCUGAUGGAAUGGGACGCUCCUGAUAGUUGGUGGGAGGCACAGACUAGGAUCAAUCUACACCAACAUGCAAGCAGUUUGGAUGCCAAGCCCUUGGCGCUGAUCAUAUACGCCGACAAGGAUAAGUUAUCAUCUUUUGGCACCGCCAAAGGCUAUCCUGUCAUAGCCGCCAUUGGGAACUUUCCGGCAGACGCAAGAAAUGGUGGCGGAAUUAGCGGGGGUAGAAUCGUCGGUUGGCAGCCAGUUAUUCAAGAGGAAGCCAAACACAAGAAGAAGAAAGCUUUUGUAGACUUCAAGACCGUCGUGUGGCAUGAGGCCGCUCUGAAGAUGUUUGAGUCUCUACAGAUAUAUGCCGAGGUCGGGUGUGUUCUACGGUGUGGAGACCAAAUACAACGCCUCAUAUUCGUCAUAUUGCUUAUAUUGUCCGCUGAUUAUGAAGAGCAGUGCAUUAUGUGCAUGAUUCGAGGCCUCCGUGCACUGCACCCAUGUCCCAAGUGUAUGGUCGAGAAGGAAUCACUAUCCGACCUUUCCCAACAACAUGAAGCACGUACUCCAGCCCAAACAACAGAAGUCCUCGAGCGCGUGUCAUCAUUUGCAACAAAAGGUGAACAAGAGAAACUACUUAAAGAAUACAGCCUUCGCGCUGGAAAGAAUGUGUUCAUGUUCUUUUCUGGCUUCGAUCCAUAUAGUGCAGUGUCGUUCGAUGACCUACACUUUGAUGAUAGUGGGUUAUGGGGUGCCCAUCUUUUCCCACAGCUGAAAAAACACCUGGAGGAUAUAGGACGAGAUGCAGAAACAGAAGUCGAUAGACGGUUCAUGGAAUUUCCAAGAUGGCGAAAUCUAAACCACUUCGAUACGGUAACAACAAUCAGUUUCAACGAUGGAUCUAAACAUCGCGAUGUUGCCAGGAUGUUUUUAUUCGCUGCAGAAGGUGUAAUCAAAGAAGCAGAGGAUGCAGCAGCUUACCAAUUACUCAUAUGCACUCGUGCAUAUUUAAAUAUGACAAUGUAUGCCGGUCUUCAUGUUCAAACCACCGCAACAUUGAAAGCAGGUCGAAGAAGCCUCCAACGUUUUCAUACGCACAUAUCAGUGUACGCCCCUGAUGAUGACGAGCUCGCCGAUAAAUCAUGGGACUUUAUAAAAAUGCAUUAUCAUAAUCAUCUCUUCGAUGAUAUACAGCAGAAGGGCGCGCUUCGAUGA